CUCUUGCAAAAGUUCACAAUCUCAAUUGUGUUCGAGAAGGAUGAUCACCGCGUCCGUGGGCGUGGGCUCGAGUGUGCUGCUAGAACCAGCGCGUGAGCUGCUGUUCCCAAUACCAGACGCCACGUCGGCGCAGCGUACGCGCUGCAACCUCACGCUCACCAACCUGUCGCCUCUAAAUGACGUGGUCUUCCGUGUUCGGACGCGCAACCCGGACGCUUUUACGGUACGCCCGACCCACGGGUUGGUAGCGCCUGGAGCCAGUGCCCAAGUGACUAUCACGGCCACUGCACGGACCUGCGAGCGCCUGAGCGCCAUGAACCCGCGGGACUUGAUGACCCGCCAGUCCUCCGAGCUUUUCCUCGUGCAGAGCGUGGAGCGAGAGGAAGAAGUACAAGCCAUGGAGCCUCUAGACCCCAACUCGAGUACGUCACUACGUGCAUUCUGGAAGAAAGUGUCUAGAGAUUCUGUCACGGAGAACAAGAUGGUCUGUCGCUUUACUGGAGCUUCGGGGCUUCCUCCUACUGAGAUAACGCAGGACAGGAAAAUGUUCACGCGUAGUAUGAGCAGCGCUAGCUCGAGUUCGCAAGAGUAUCGAUCCAGUCGUAGUGAAAACAGGAGCUUAAGUAUGAGCGCAAGGGAGAACAGGUUGAGUCGCAGUGGAAGCAGCAGCGAACGCAGCCUUGAUCGGUCUUUUAGCAAUCAAUUUACGCCACCAGAGGAACGGAGAGAGUGCCGUAGUCGACAAGAAUCGUUUAAUAGCGACGCCAGCUUCCACACAACGAUCGAGCCUCCAGCGUCAAUGGAGAGGAGGAUGUCGGCAUCGAAGAACUACGCUGCGACGAUGGAGCCCGCUCUGGAUAGGAGAUCGGAGGCGAGAAUGUCGGCUUCAAGUAAUGCUACGAGUUCGAGGUCACCAAGACAACGUGACACUAUGCUCUCCAGUAUCAGCGUGAACGACUGCUCUGUCAGCGAUACGAUGCUGACAGCACGAUCUACUGACACUACACCGGGUGAACCGACGCACGAGAUUGGUCCUCUGCUUUACCAUAUUCAACCAAGCGAUACGUUGUCAUUCAAAGUGAAGCCUGCACCGCGUUUCUGGGGCAGCACGUCACUUUUCAUUGUGAACUCCAGUCAGAGUGAUUGCCUCACCUUUAAAGUGCGUACAUCAAACCAGUCCGGCUACGUUGUAAAGCCCAGUCGAGGACUUGUGUCAACUACGAGUGCACAGGAAGUGGUCGUGUCACUGUGUGCUCCACGUGAUGAAAAAGAUUUUGAUCCGGAAAAGCGUGAGUCCAAGGACGGAUUUAUGAUCGAAGUCGCCAACAUCUCACGGGACAAAUACGUGGAUCUGAUGAAGCUGGAUGAACGCAAACGCACCCGCGAAAUCAGCUCGCUGUGGUCUGUUAUGUCUAGAAGCGAUCGUGAGUCGACAAUGCUUUCAGUUGAAUUCAAGAUGAACGGAAGCGAUGGCGGCAGUAGCACUCUCGAUAGCUCCGAGGACGUUCGAAGCAGGAGUUCUUCAGCACACAAGAACAGACACAACACAGCUCAACGGCAAAGCUUACACUCGGUUGUCCACGGCAUGAAAGGUCUGUCUACCUCCUCGUCAACGGACGAGUCACAUGAGAGUGCAGCAGGGAGCCGACUCAACUCAAUCUACUCAUACUCAGACUCGGACGAGUCGGCGUUCACCAUCGCUCCAUCCGCUGUGGCCACUGAAGUUGGCGACGAUGACAACAACGAUGAGGUGGCCUACCCUGCAGCUUCCAAAAACGCUAAAAACCCUGCUGUAAUUGUCGUCUCAGCCGACAGGAUGGACACUGUCGACUUUACCAACCCCAAGCUGUCCUUCUUUAUUUAGUUGUUGGCAACAACUACAGAUGCUCAGGGCGCUGGAGCAUUUUCAUCGUGCAGACGAUGACCAAAGCUGAACAUUCGCGAGUUGAGUUCCAAAAAUGUAUAUUCGUGAAGUUAUAAAGCGAUGAAUCGCGCGUGUUCUAAAAAACAACGGUUUGCUUCUAAGUAGAAAUGGUCGGUUACACAAGUUUGGUAGUUUUGGGGGAAUACCCAAAAUAAGCCACGCCGUCUACUUGGCUGUCACGAUGGCCUCCAAGUUCUCCAGGACCUUGACGGUGGAGGACGUACCCAGCAUGUUGAUGAUGCUGGGUGGGAUGUAGCCGGCCAAAUCGGCGUGUGCGAGGAGUGUCACGACGCAGUACGCGUUGCCGUUCUCCCCCUUGAACUCCUCAAUGAUGUAGCCCGAGAUGUAAUUGUGGGCGCGCACGUAGCCCUCGAGAGGAGCCACUUCCGCCACGUUCACGGAGCGUGUGGCGAUGACGACACGGCCGUCCUCGAGCGUGGUGGCGUACGUGACUACAACGAAUUCACGGCCAUAGAUAGGGAACUGACCCUUGCUCGUGAUCUGGCGGAAAGCUAAGUGGUUGGACUCACCAAUGUCGCGCAGCGUCACGAUGCCCUCCAUCAUCUCGUCUAGCUCCAGCGUGCGGUUCGGGUCCAACAGGACCUGCUCGAUCACGCGCUUAUCGGCGUCGAUACGGCGCUCGGCACGGAACGGACACCAGUCGCAGGCUUCCACAGCGCCGCGCCAGAUCUUCACACCGUCAGCAUCGUCCACGAUCUCCCACGUGGUCACUUUGUCAUCGCCGGUGUGGCGGUUGAGUAGAAUCUGGAUGCUCUCCUUGCCAUACGUCUCGAAGUCCACGUCGUUGGCUGUAGGGUACGCAGGUUCCUCGGGCUUGACUUGCUCCUCCGUCGCUGGUGUUUCUCCGUACCCGAACAGGUAGUUCAUGGUGGCGCGAUUAAUAUAGUUGGGGAAGUGGCUGCUUCGGCGGAGGGAGUUUCUCGAGUGACGGAGCUGGUGAUGAGGUUUUGACAGACUUUGCGAAGCGGCAUGGAUUCAGCACUCAUUUAUGCACAAUGAACCAGAGACAAAAAGAAAACCUCUGCAUAUUUAAUAUGAAUCGAUGCGCGAUUAGG